GAUGAAAAUUGUACUGUCAAAACUACAAGGCUGCUUUUAAAAAAAUUAGAAACAUUGCAAAAUGAUAACGACUCUGUGGGAAAGGAUUUGAAGUAUACACUGAGAAGACUUAUAACAGGUGUAUCCUCCAACAGAAAAUGUGCCCGCCAAGGAUUCUCUGUGGCAUUGUGUCAGAUCUUACGAAAGUUCACUGCCAUCAGUGUUGAAGAGGUGCUAUCUUUAGUAACUAAAUACCUCCAAUUGUCUAAAAAGGAUGCCAAAGGUGAAACUGGUAGUAUCUUACUCGGCAGAGCAAUGGUUUACCUGGCGCUGAUUCAGUCUGGGAGACUCACACAGGGUUCUCCUGAAUGCAUUAAAGAGGUUAUUGAUAACCUGCAAGACAUGAAAACAAAGCGUUCCUAUCUCCAACAGAUCUGUAUUGGUGGUGUGGCCCAUCUCAUACCUCAGGUUGAUACAGAAAGGUUCGAGGAGGGUGUGUUUCCUGGUAUACAGACUGAACUGAUGUUGGGUUGGGAUAAGUGUACACCUGACGCUCUGUUGCUGUUAUUGCUGUGUCGUAAACACCAUAAGCAUCUUAUUGGAAAAGCAUUUUUGAAAGAGCAUUGGAGUCGACCAAAAAUCAUUACAGAGAAGAACUUUGAUAAUAUAUGUCAAGUUGUGUUAAAAUCCUCAGAAACAUACCCGGUCAUCCAUCCUGUUAUUCCAGAAGUCCUAGAGCAGUUUACAAAGUCAGAACUGUCAGUCACAGAGUUCUGGUCUCACAUUGUCAAGCUGCUCUUUUGUAGCAACCACACACGCUCUACAAAUCUGGGACUCCAUAUCUUUUGCCAAGUAAUUCCACUUGUAAAGACAUCACAAGAGGUUGAAUCUGUUUGCUGCCCAUCAGUCUUACCAUUACUGGUUCGACAUCUAGACAAGAAAUCUAACAAGGAUAACCCUCUUCAUGCUAUGGCGAGGCAGGCGAUGGACAGUUUGGUGACCUUUCUCCAAAAAUGUGAGAAUGGUAAAAUUCAACAUGCAAUGCUGACCAAACUGUUUGAUCUGAAAGGGGAGAGACUGUGCACAGAGAUGAACCGAGUGAUUGACAGGAUCACACUUCAUUUAACAUCAGAAGGUGCUGAAUGUUACGGAAACUUUUUAAUGAAAUAUUUUGCUGACGCCAUUGAGAAAAGGGACAAUCAGGAAGACAUAUGGUCACAGAAGGUGAUACUUCGUUUGAAGGAUAUCGUUUCUGAAGUGCGUAAUCUAGUAACAUUGAAGAGCAAUUGUACUGAUCAUGAUCGGCAGUUACAUUUGUUACAGUUCCUGGCAGUUCACUCAUUCUGGGUUGUCAGUAAACCUACCAAGAUUGUACAUUGUACGCAGACCAACAGAAGUUUAGAUACUCUUACGAGAAAACAUAUACAGGAUAAUUUCUUCAAGGCACUGAACAAUCUGCUUGUCUACAAAACAGAGAAAUCAAAACCAUUGUCAGUGAUUGCUUAUAUACACACAGCACAAAGAUUGAUGGAGUACAUGCAGACAUUGAUGGAGACUGACAGUGUUGCUAUUUGCCUGGUAACAGAGCAACAAAAUAAUAUGCCUCAUGAGUGGGUGUCAGAUUGGAACAAGGUCCUGGAAACUAUGGAAUCUGUUCAAACAAAGCAUAUCACUGCCAACUCUGACAAGAUGACCACUGGCCAUGCUUUCUUAUUACUACUGUUCUACAACAUCACUCAGUUACUGGUUGACCCUGUUACUGUCUCCAGUCACUUAGAGGAUGUCUAUGGCUGUCUGAAAAAUGCCUUCAAGUCCAAAAGAAAAUCUGUUUCUAAGAAGUGUUGUGAAGAUGGCGAACCAGAGUGGAUAGAAGUGAUGACAGAGCUGUUAAUCAGCAUGAUGUCACAGGGGUCAAUCCUGGCCAGGACAACUGCUGCGGAUGUGUACAUGGCUUUGGCUGACCACAUCACACCAGACUCUGUCCAGCUGAUAAUUGAUGUUAUAAUGGCGGAUGACAAGGACUGUUGCAGUGGCAAGGAAUGUUGCAGUGGCCUGGUCAGCUUUGAAGAUGUGGAAGAUGAUGAGGCUUUUGAUGAAAUGAAAGGUGUCGAGGAAGAGAACGGAGUAGAAGUCGGAGAAUCAGACGAGGAAGAGUCAGAGUCUAGUGAGUCAGAAGAGUCCGAAGAGGAAGAGGUUGUAGACGAGGAGUUUCGUGAGAAGUUGAGAUCAGCAUUAGGUCCAGCUGCUGUUGCGGAAGAAAGUGACUCCGAGCUAGAAGACUUGACUGACAGUGAAAUGUUUAAGCUAGAUCCAGUGAUUGCAGCUGCCUUCAAGGGAAUGAAACAAGCAAAAGCUAGGGAGAAGAGGAAUAAUAAAAAACAGAUGCUGGCUUUUAAAAUACGGUUGCUGGAUUUGCUGAUUGUUCUUGCCAAAGAAAAAAUGUCUGCUGAUGUUGUCAUGGACCUGAAUCUGCCUUUGCUCGUGCUGAUGCUGAAUGGAGAAAAGAGAAUAGAAGAACGAGCACUUGGGCAGCAUGCUCAGAAAUUAUCUCAGUUAAUGUACAGACAAGCAAAGGAGCUGCAAUCUGUUAGCCUUGAUAAAGAAGCCUGCACAGAACGCAUCAUGGACAUCAUACAUUUCUCCACACGAACCAUAUUGAGCCAGUCACUUGUCAACUGUGUUUCGGAUGCCUGUCUGCUUGUAAUCCGGUUAUAUUUGAACAUGAAUGCUGAUGAUGUUGGACCCUCACCAGUCAAGACACGGUCACAGAAGGAAUCCAAAAAGGGAAAGGUUGACUCCAGCAAUACCAGACAUGAAGAAGUGAUGGAGAUUAUCACCGACAACCUCACCCACUGCCUCCAUGGUCGGUCAAUUAAAGACAAAGCUGGCAGAGAAUUGCACUUGAAUCCAGCAUUGUUCCUGAAUAUGUUCACAAAAUAUCCUGUCCUGUUUUGGGAUGUGACCAGCUGUCUGGUAAAGGUGUAUGAUGACAGCAGUGUCAAGGUAUAUAAUAAGACCCAGGCCAGUGCUAUGUUGGUGCAUAUGCUGAAUAAAGAUGUGGUAGAAAAGAUAGGAGAGGAGGUAUGGACAGAGUUUGUCACAUCCACAUUUACCACACUUACAAAGGUCAUUUGUAAUACCACAAAGGAGAGCUAUUUUGAAAAACUGAUGCACAACAUACUACAAAUCCUCAUCAAGAUCUCUACUCUGGCAGGUUCAGCUCAGGGUUGUGUUUUGUCAACAGAAGCUCAGAAACAUCUAACUGAUCUACUGCCACGCUGUAGCAAAGAAAAUCGUCGCCUGGCUCGCAUAUUACUGAGGAAAGCAAACCCAGAUUUUGAAAUGGAGUCAAGUGGAAAAAAUGAUGGGUCGAAAAAGAAGAAAAGAAAAAGGAAACAAAGAAAUGAAAAAUCAGCAGAAAAAAUUAAUGAUAAUGAACUGAAAGGAGGUGAAGAUUUGCCUGCGGUGAAAAAAGCAAAGAAAGAGGAAGACGAUGAAAAUUCAGCUAAAAAGGUAAAGAAAGCAAAGAAGAAGAAAGAAGUUGAAAAUUCACCUAAAAAAGUGAAGAAAGCAAAGAAAGAAAAAUGUGAGGAAGAAAAAUUACUGGUGACAGAGUAAAUGGAUGUAACAAGGUGAUGUGCAGUGUUCUGACAGAUGUAUUAGGAGUGUGAUAUUUACUGUUCACCCUAAAACCUCAAUUUUAAGUAUUUGUGGAUUCAGAUCAGAUUUUAAUGUUUUUACUUAAGGGGAUAUGUGCCUUUUGAAUUGAGGUAAAUUUUACAAUGAAUAUUUUAUUUGUUGAAUAUAAACUUAAAUAAUACAUGUUCAAUGUACAAUAUAUCAUUACAUUGUUUUUAUUUAGGAAUUGUUAUGUGUAGAGUUCUCACAUGUGAAGUAAAGUCUGAAGUAUUGAAAAGGGUUCCAUUACCUGUUACACAAAAUACUUCAGAAUUACUAGAAUAAAACCUGGUUAUAAUGCUGUAACACAGAGUCACGUCCUUACUUGUUAAUUUCUACUAGAGGUCAUCAAUUAAGGCGGAACGUUAUUAUUGUUGAAUGAUUUAUUAAUGUUUCAUCAGUAUGAUGUAGACCAUGUGUAGAUUGCUCCCUUAUGUACUCAUCAUCAUAUGAUAUAUAGACUAUACAACAGGGUACUGAUACUGUACCCUAAGCCUCUCAGUCUGUCUGAAGACAGCAUGGAUCAUACAGGUGUUCCUUACUGUAUCCUACACCUCUCAGUCUGUCUGAAGACAGCAUGUAUCAUACAGGUGUUCCUUACUGUACCCUAAGCCUCUCAGCCUGUCAGAAGACAGCAUGGAUCAAACAGGUGUUCCUUACUGUACACUACACCUCUCAGUCUGUCUGAAGAUAGCAUGGAUCAUACAGGUGUUCCUUACUGUAUCCUACACCUCUCAGUCUGUCUGAAGACAGCAUGGAUCAUACAGGUGUUCCUUACUGUACCCUAAGCCUCUCGGUCUGUCUGAAGACAGCAUGGAUCAUACAGGUGUUCCUUACUGUAUCCUACACCUCUCAGUCUGUCUGAAGACAGCAUGGAUCAAACAGGUGUUCCUUACUGUACACUACACCUCUCAGUCUGUCUGAAGAUAGCAUGGAUCAUACAGGUGUUCCUUACUGUACCCUAAGCCUCUCAGUCUGUCUGAAGACAGCAUGGAUCAUACAGGUGUUCCUUACUGUAUCCUACACCUCUCAGUCUGUCUGAAGACAGCAUGUAUCAUACAGGUGUUCCUUACUGUACCCUAAGCCUCUCAGCCUGUCAGAAGACAGCAUGGAUCAUACAGGUGUUCCUUACUGUAUCCUACACCUCUCAGUAUGUCUGAAGACAGCAUGGAUCAAACAGGUGUUCCUUACUGUACACUACACCUCUCAGUCUGUCUGAAGAUAGCAUGGAUCAUACAGGUGUUCCUUACUGUACCCUAAGCCUCUCAGUCUGUCUGAAGACAGCAUGGAUCAUACAGGUGUUCCUUACUGUAUCCUACACCUCUCAGUCUGUCUGAAGACAGCAUGUAUCAUACAGGUGUUCCUUACUGUACCCUAAGCCUCUCAGCCUGUCAGAAGACAGCAUGGAUCAUACAGGUGUUCCUUACUGUACACUACACCUCUCAGUCUGUCUGAAGAUAGCAUGGAUCAUACAGGUGUUCCUUACUGUACCCUAAGCCUCUCAGUCUGUCUGAAGACAGCAUGGAUCAUACAGGUGUUCCUUACUGUAUCCUACACCUCUUAGUCUGUCUGAAGACAGCAUGGAUCAUACAGGUGUUCCUUAAUGUAUUCCACACAUCACAGUCUGUCUGAAGACAGCAUGGAUCAUACAGGUGUUCCUUACCAUAAUUGUACCAUACUGCUGGCUUGAUAUUGGUACUGGGUUAGUUCCCAUCAAGUGUAUGAGAGUGUGUGAAUUUGGUAUGUUGUUCCAUUUGGUAUUGAUUGUGUACUUUCCCAGUAGAUUUUACAGUUUGGAGGUAUGUGAGCAAUGAAAAUAUUAUUGACCCUUUGUAUAAUGUAUAUAAUAUGCUGUUACAAUAGGAUUGUUUUAUCAACUAUUGUUGCAUUCUGAUAACACAUACAAAAGUGUUG